GAUAUCCCCCUAGCAGCUGUUUAAAGGGACAGCUGGCCCAGCCGUAGGCAGCAGGCACAAUGGCACCCCGGGCACUGCCUCUGUUGCAGCUGCUGCUGAUGGUGGUCGUUUGGUCUCUGACAGUAGAGCCUGCGCCCCCCACCUGCUACUCCCGGAUGCUGACCCUGAGCCGUGAGAUCAUGGCAGACUUCCAGAGCCUGCAGGCUUUAGAGCCUGAGGAUUCGUGUGUGAGGUACUUGCCCCGGCUCUACCUGGAUAUCCAUAACUACUGCGUGCUGGCCAAGCUGCGGGACUUCGUGGCCUCUCCUCAGUGCUGGAAAAUGGCUGAAGUGGACAGCCUGAAGGACAGAGUGCGGAAGCUGUAUACCAUCAUGAACUCCUUCUGCCGGCGGGACUUGGUGUUUCUCUCAGAUGACUGCCAUGCUUUAGAAUACCCGAUCCCCGAGACCACCGGUCCUUCAGACUGGCAGAAUUAAGAAAGAAGGCAGGCCAGAAGAAUGACCCAGAGGCCUGAAGUUGGACCAGCUGUCCAUAGCAGAGCCCCAGCACCCCAGGCCUCCCUUAUUGGAGCCGCCAGGCCGUCCACAUAUCUCUCUGCCUUCUGGAACACCAGUUAGGAUUGUACGAUCGAGCAUGCUUUGUACACAGAUUGGAAGCUCAGCCUCUAAGUGUCUCAUCGGGGUAUCAGAGGCACACACAGUAAAGUGCACUCUGGCUUCUCUUUGGGGAGUGAGCAGCUUGAGACUGGCAAAACCCCACAUCUUUGUGACUGCUUUAAUGAAAUAAUGGGACCAUUCUUUCUGGUCUCUGCCUACACCCAAAGAGGCUUUGACUUUAUGCUUCCUUCCCACACAAGCUUUCCUUCCUCUCUCCCAUUUUAAAGCAUUUUUAGUGCUUUCAUGAUGUAUUUACAAAGCUUUUAUGUAGUGUAGGGAUAGAGCCACCCCUUCACUGAAGGGUUAUGGAAACCCAAUAAACCUUUACUGCAAGAA